AUGUCAGCAGAGACUAAUAAUGGUCCCACAGUGGGAAUGCGGCAUGUCCAGGCCCUACUGAUCUUCCUCAACAUAACUAUUAUGUUCAUAGGCCGCCUGAAUGUGGGCGUGUCUGUGGUGGCAAUGACGAAUGCGGAUACCACGAAUCCGGACUUUCCCGAAUACGACUGGACGCAGGCUGAGAUAUCUUAUAUACUAUCCAGUUUCUUUUGGGGUUAUAUCUUUACCCAGUUCAUCGGCGGAUAUCUCUGCAAGAGGUAUGGAGUGAAGAGUGUAAUGUUCUGGGGAGUCUUUGGAUCUGGCGUCUGCAGCGCCUUGACACCUCUCUUCAUUGGAUUUGGCGAAUGGCAAGCGUACUGCGGAAUUCGGGUGAUAAUGGGCCUGGCACAGGGAUUGGUAUUCCCCUGUAUUCAUCAGCACCUGGCCAAAUGGUCACCUCCGGCGGAGAGGAAUCGCCUGGGGGCUCUCAGCCACACUGGAAUCGAGUGUGGCAAUGUGAGUGCCAUGUUCUUGAGUGGAAUGAUAGCCAAGAGUUCCCUGGGAUGGCCGGGAAUAUCGUAUGUCUCGGCUGGAAUAGCUUUCUUCUGGUGUGCCUUGUGGUUCGUCCUUGCAGCCGACAAUCCCACUGAAUCUCGAUUUAUAGGGGAAAGAGAACUUCACUACAUUGAGUCUUCUCUGAAGCACAACGAGAAGUACCACAAGACCAUUAUUCCUGUGCCCUGGAAGGCGAUUUGGACCUCGGCUCCAUUCCUGGCCCUGCUUAUUGUACGUUGCAGCGAAAACUGGGGACUAAGUACUCUGCAGGCCGAGAUCCCAUCCUACAUGAACGGAGUCCUCGGCAUGGACAUGAAGAGCAAUGCAUUCUUCUCAGCACUUCCAUUCCUGGCCAUGUGGUGCAUGUCGUACAUUUAUCUGAUCACUGCCGAUGUUCUCUUGAGUAAGAACUUAGUUAGCCUGACAGUCCUGAGGAAAACCUACAACUCGAUAGCCUUCUGGAUUCCUGCCGCCACUUUGAUUGGCAUCGGAUUCUUGGAUAAGGAUCAGAAGAAUUUUGCAAUUGCAUUGAUGACCAUCAGUGUGGGCGUUAAUAGCGCACAGACCAUUGGAAGCGUUCUAAACACCAUUGAUCUAUCGGAAAAUCAUGCUAGCAUUCUGAUGGGAAUUGUGAAUACAGCUGCUAAUUUUGUACCCAUAGCCACUCCAUUGGUGGUUGGUUGGAUUGCAGAGGAUACUACUGAUCGGUCAAAAUGGCAGAUUGUAUUUAUCAUUGCCUCCGUAAUCUUUUUUGUGGGCAAUUGCAUUUACCUGAUCUUUGGAACGGCUGUAACUCAACCCUGGGAUGCCGAGGACUAUCUCCAGAUUAAGGAACCUGAGCUGGCCAAAGGACCAGCCAGCUUCGCGACACCUAACGAAAAAUUUUCUUCAAAAAUCAACGAAAAUACUAAAGAAAAUUCAAGUCCUACAAUCAGAUAG